CUGUCAGCUGAUUCCCCGGCUUGGUGGCAGUGGCAGCGGCAGCGGCAGCCGUGGCGAUGGACUUUCUCCUAGGGAACCCGUUCAGCUCUCCGGUGGGACAGCGCAUCGGUCCUUCAGACUGACCCUCAAGCCCCUCGUCUCUGCUCUUCUUCCCGUCAUCCCUGAGGUUUCAUCACGGAUUCCUUCAUUCAGCACGUGCUCUUCCUCUACCAGGAACGUCCCUCCUCACCUUCCCCAGCCUGGCAGCUUGUGCUCUGUGCUCAGCUCAGUCGGCACCUCCUCACUGGAGCCUUCCCAGUUCCCCUAAGCACCUGGCACAGGGCUGGACAAACAGUAGCUGCUCAGAGCGUGUCGUAGGACGGAGAAUAGAUGGGCGAGAAAGCUACAGAUGGCUCCCUGCAGAGCGAGAACUGGGCACUCAACAUGGAGAUCUGCGACAUCAUCAAUGAGACUGAGGAAGGUCCCAAAGAUGCCUUCCGAGCCGUGAAGAAGAGAAUCGUGGGGAACAAGAACUUCCACGAGGUGAUGUUGGCUCUCACGGUCUUGGAAACCUGCGUCAAGAACUGCGGGCACCGCUUCCACGUGCUGGUGGCCAGCCAGGACUUCGUGGAGGGCGUGCUGGUGAGGACCAUCCUGCCCAAGAACAACCCGCCCACCAUCGUGCACGACAAGGUGCUCACCCUCAUCCAGUCCUGGGCCGACGCGUUCCGCAGCUCGCCCGACUUGACAGGUGUGGUCGCUGUCUACGAGGACCUGCGGAGGAAGGGCCUGGAGUUCCCCAUGACCGACCUGGACAUGCUGUCCCCCAUCCACACGCCCCAGAGGACCGUGUUCAGCUCAGAGACCCCGUCAGGACAGAAUUCUUCUGUGGGCACCGAUGCCAGUCAUCACGGGGACUCCGGCCAGCACACCACCCCGCUGCCCACCCUGGCCCUGCUCCCCAGCGACACACCCAUAACGCCAACCGCCGAGCAGAUCGGGAAGCUGCGCAGUGAGCUGGAGAUGGUGAGUGGGAACGUGAGGGUGAUGUCGGAGAUGCUGACGGAGCUCGUGCCCACCCAGGCGGAGCCGGCAGACCUGGAGCUGCUACAGGAGCUCAACCGGACGUGCCGGGCCAUGCAGCAGCGGGUCCUGGAGCUCAUCCCCCGCGUCGCCAAUGAGCAGCUGACCGAGGAGCUGCUCAUCGUCAACGACGACCUCAACAACGUCUUCCUGCGCCAUGAACGGUUUGAACGCUUCCGAACAGGCCAGACCGCCAAGGCCCCAAGUGAGGCCGAGGCGGCCGCUGACCUGAUCGACAUGGGCCCUGACCCCGCAGCCACCAGCAGCCUCUCGUCCCAGCUGGCGGGAAUGAACCUGGGCUCCAGCAGCGUGAGGGCUGGCCUGCAGUCUCUGGAGGCCUCUGGCCGCCUGGAAGAUGAGUUUGACAUGUUUGCGCUGACACGGGGCAGCUCGCUGGCUGACCAACGCAAAGAGGUAAAAUACGAAGCCCCUCAAGCAACAGAUGGCCUGGCUGGAGCCCUGGAUGCCCGGCAGCAGAGCACCGGAGCGAUGGGAGGCGGCGGCGAGAAGAGCCUCAGUGACUGGAUGGGGAGAGCAGGCAUGGAGAGGAGGGGCCGGGCACGCUCGCAGGGGCCCACCCAGGCGGUACUGUCGAUCCCCGUCACCCAGGCCUGCCUCAUGGAGGACAUCGAGCAGUGGCUGUCCACGGAUGUGGGGAACAAUGCGGAGGAGCCCAAGGGCGUCACCAGUGAAGAAUUUGACAAGUUCCUGGAAGAACGAGCCAAAGUGGCCGACCGUUUGCCCAACCUCCCCAGCCCCUCAGCCGCGGGGCCCCCGGGUCCCCCACCUGGCAGUGCCCCUCGAAAGAAGACCCAGCAGAAAGAUGACGACGUGCUGUUUACCUUAUGAGUGUGGGGUCUGGCACCCUGCAGCCCGAGCCCCCGCUGCUCCCACACCCCGCGGCGGGGACCUGUCUCUCCUUCAGUGUUACGGCUGCUUUGGGGGUGGCUUGUUACCUAUGCCCUUCUCUCCCCCUUGAGGUUGGGGCCGUGCUGCCUGGGGGUGUGGGGGGCAGCCGGAGGAACUGGGGAAACAGGUCAGUUGCACUUUGGAACCCUGGACACCCCUGCCUCCCCUCCCACCCCAACUGACCACUGCCACUUUGCUGAGACCCCGUAGGCCCCGGAACGGACAAGGCCGGCUGCUUGGUUGCCCCAGCGUGGGCCCCCUUGCCCUCCCUGGACCCACGGCCAGAGGAGCCCUCUUCCGAGCCCACACUGACAGUCGAGGCCUGGCCGUGGGCUGGGGACAGCAGAAGUUUCUGUCGCAGCCUCAGAUCCAUUCCCCAGGCCCUGCCUUGGAGCCCGAAGGCUUUGGCCAGCUGUUGAGGGCAGGGCGUGUGGCCCUCUGCUGAGCGCACACUGUCCAGAUAUGAAGCUGCACAUGGUUGGGGGAGACCUCACCAGGCCCAGGCCGCCAGGGGAGGCUUCCAGGGAUGCCUGGGGCACCUGUGGCCCCCACGACCUCCACUUCCUUGCCCUCCGUCCUUCCUCUGUUCCUCCCACGCAGGGCUCCACCAGGCACUGGGCCCCCGCACCUGUUGGUUGAUCCUCUUGUACUGGGAGAGGUGCCUUUUGUAUCCCCAAUUAAAGGUGGAAAAGCACCCU